AUGCCGCUGCUCAAGCGCAACAUUCCUCUUCAUCCAAGUAACCACCUUCCCUUGUCCCUGUCCCGCAAAACUUACGAUGUCAUUGUCCUCGGCUCCGGCCCUGCAGGCCGACGACUCGCCUCCCUGACAGCUUCAGCCAAGCUGGGCACCGUGAUCGUCGAAAAUGAGCUCUUCGGCGGCGAUUGCCCUUUCUGGGCAUGCAUUCCGUCCAAAGCUCUCUUGCGGCCCAAUGAAGCAUUAGGUGCGGGUCGGCAAAUGGGUGGCUCGAAGCAGAUGAUACAAGAGUGCACCCCCGAUGGCAGCACCAUUGAUGUACAGGGUGUAUUUAAACGGAGAGACGGGAUUGUCCAGGGUUGGGAUGACACGAUUCUGCUGAAUCUCUCGCUCGAUCAGGGGGUAGAUGUCGUGAGGGGACAGGGGAAGUUGACAGGGGUGAAGAAAGUCGAAGUCACGAACCUAGAUGGCAACCAAGUGGUGCUGGAGGCGACGCAGGCUGUAGUGCUGGCCACGGGGUCAGAGGCUACAAUCCCAAAAAUAGAGGGAUUGGAUCAGAUUGACUGGUGGACGAGUCGAGAAGCGACGGCGGCGAACUUUGUGCCAGAGCAUCUGGUUAUCUUGGGAGGUGGAGUCAUUGGGUGCGAGAUGGCAACUUUCUAUGGGUCGCUAGGAAAGCGAGUGACGCUGAUCAGCAGUAGCAAGCGACUGCUGCCACGAUGCGAGCCCGAGGCGAGCGAGUUGGUCAAGAAAUCGCUGACUGCACUCGGGGUGGAGGUUUGCCUGUCAACUGCGAUCGAUAAACUCAGCAAAGUCGACAAGGACAAGUUCAAAGCCGAUUUAGCUUCUGGAGAUCAUCUCACUGGGUCCGUCUUGCUUCUCGCUACUGGCAGAAGGGCUAGUACCCAAGAUCUUGGACUUGAAGACCUGGGAGUCAAAGUUCACCCUAAGCUGGAAGUCAGCGAGAGCCUCUGCGUCGCGACAGCUACAGGAAAGUGGCUUUACGCUAUCGGUGAUGCAAACGGCAGGAACCCUAUGACACACAUGGGUGUUUACCAAGCCCGAACUGCAGGUCUGGCAAUUAUAGCUCGAUCUCGGAAGAUGGCACUGGUUGAGGAGCCGUUCAAUGAUUUCUCGGCGACAGCAGACCACGAGAUGGUUCCUCAAAUUAUCUUCACAGAUCCUCACGUGGCGAUGGUUGGUCUGACCGCGGCCCAAGCUGAAGCAAAGGGCCUGAACGCAAAGAUUGUAGCAGUCCCGUUCAUGUUUCCGGGCGCAUUCGUCCAUGCAGAGCUCAACUAUGAGGGUUGGGCUCAGUGGGUAAUCGAUGAAGAUACGAAAAUUCUGGUGGGCGCAACCAUCGUUGGCCGGGAGGCGGGCGACCUGCUCCAUGCCAGUACUGUCGCCAUUGUCGGGAGAAUACCUGUGCCAAAGCUAUGGCACGCCGUCGCCAGUUUCCCGUCUAUGAGCGAGGUCUAUACGGCUCUUUUGAUGGCUUCCGGCUACUGA